GCCAAAGAUGCUUUCAAAGACAUUUCCAUAUACUUCUCCAAGGAAGAAUGGACAGAGAUGGGAGAAUGGGAAAAAAUCCGAUACAGGAAUGUGAAAAAGAACUAUGAAGCACUGGUUACUCUAGGUCUCAGAGCCCCUCGGCCAGCUUUCAUGUGUCACCGCAGGCAGGCCAUCAAAGCCCAGGUGGGUGACCCUGAGGAUUCUGAUGAAGAAUGGACUCCAAGGCAGCAAGUUAAACCUUCUUGGGUGGCCUUCAGAGUGGAGCACAGUAAACACCAGAAGGUAAUGCCCCCGGUGCCAUUAAGUAAUGAAUCUAGUUUGAAGAAAUUGCCAGGAGCAGCGCAACUGCAGAAGGCAAGUGGCCCUGCGCAGGCCCAGAGCCCAGCGCCCCCUCCCGGAGCAGCAAGCACCUCUGCAUGGCGCACUAGACAAAAGCUGGAACGCAGAGCAAAGCAGAUUGAAGUGAAGAUGUAUAGCCUACGAGAAAGAAAGGGCCACGUGUACCAAGAGGUCAGCGAGCCCCAGGAUGACGACUACCUCUAUUGUGAGAAGUGUCAGAACUUCUUCAUUGACAGCUGUGCUGCUCACGGGGCCCCUACAUUUGUAAAGGACAGUGCAGUGGAGAAGGGGCAUCCCAACCGCUCAGCCCUCACUCUGCCCCCUGGGUUAAGUAUCAGGCCAUCAGGCAUCCCUGAGGCUGGGCUUGGAGUAUGGAACGAGGCAUCCGAUCUGCCGUUGGGUCUGCACUUUGGCCCCUAUGAGGGCCAGAUCACAGAAGAUGAAGAGGCCGCCAACAGUGGAUACUCCUGGCUGAUCACCAAAGGGAGAAACUGCUACGAGUAUGUGGAUGGAAAGGACACGUCCUGGGCCAACUGGAUGAGGUAUGUGAACUGUGCCCGGGAUGAGGAAGAGCAGAACCUGGUGGCCUUCCAGUAUCACAGGCAGAUCUUCUACCGAACCUGCCGGGUGGUCAGGCCGGGCUGUGAACUGCUGGUCUGGUACGGGGACGAGUACAGCCAGGAGCUCGGCAUCCCGUGGGGCAGCGGGUGGAAGAGCCAGCUCGUGGCGGCGGGCAGAGAAACCAUCUACCUGACCAGAAGCUUCCUCUUUCAGCAGACCCAAAGCCCAAGAUCCAUCCAUGUGGCUCCUGCUCUCUGGCCUUCUCCAGUCAGAAAAUCCUCAGCCAACAUGUGGAAUGCAGUCACCCGUCUCAGGUCCUCCCGAGAACAUCUGCAAGAGACCGCGUCCAGCCAGAGGAUCCCUGCCCAGGCUAUCAAAAUCGGCAGCAGCAAUAUUCUGAUCCACACAGCUGGAGUAACAAACCUGAAUAUCAAGAGGUCAAGGAAAGGUCCAAACCUUUGCUGA